AUGUGGUGUUCCAAGAUAAGGCAAGCACUUGCUAAUUCGAGUCCACAAGCAGGAAACGUGAUACAUUCAUUUCCUUUCAAGCAAACAACAUAGUUCCCUGGCAGCACAAAAGCAUUGCUUCGACUGCUAAAUCACAAACAUUCAGAAAUCCAUUGCUCCUCUGUGGACGUACCAUUCUAUAUUUGUUAUUUGGAUGUUAUGGAUAGAAACAGUACUUACUCUCCAAUCACAUGGCCACCAAAGUUUUGGGAGCAGAUAACAAUAGCCUUCACAGUAUCCAUGGUGGUUGGACUAGUGAUAGGAGGGAUCAUCUGGGCAUUGUUCACUUGCUUGUCCCGUCGCAGAGCUAGUGCCCACAUUUCCCAAGGGACCUCCUCAGCUUUCAGCCGUCGGUCCAGACCCUCCUCCCCUGGCCACACUACCGGAAGGACUGGAUUUUACCGCAAUAGCAGCUGUGAACGUCGGAGCAACCUCAGCCUGGCCAGCCUCACCUUCCAGCGACAAGCCUCCUUGGAACAAGCUAACUCUUUCCCCAGGAAGUCAAGCUUCCGCGCGUCCACCUUCCACCCUUUCCUUCAGUGUCCCCCCCUCCCUGUGGAGACGAACAGUCAGCUGAUCACCCUCACUCCCACAAAUACCACCACAACCCUUGUGGGAAGCACCACUAACAGUUUAAGUCGACCUGAAUUCCACUGGUCUAACAACACCCUCCGCAUCUGCCACUCCACACAAACCCCUCCUCCUGCCUAUGAAACCAUCAUAAAAGCUUUCCCAGACUCUUGAGCUACGUCCUUGCUGCAAAUACACACAUGCAUUUUAGGAGGAACCUUAAUCGUCUCAACCAUUUUCUGUGCACAAUGAAGAUCUUCUGAAAAAUCUUUGGCUGCCAUUGCAGAGUGGACAUACAUUGCCAAAAGGUGGGAUGCAGCAGUUUCUUAGAGUGCAAUAUCCCACUGUCUAAGUGAUCAGUUGUCUUUGUACCACUGGCUCUAAUUUACUGUCCUGCCAUAUGCCUGCAUAAUUAUAGUGUUGCAUCUUUAAUUGUAACGAUUGUAUCAUUACUUUAGAGGAAAGAAAAUGCUACCACAUAAAAAACAGAUCAUCUAUAGAAGAAACAGAUCAUCUAUAGAAGAAACAGAUCAUGUUAGGGAUAACUGACACACACAUUUAAAAAAAAAAUAAAAAAACCCAAAGAAAUUCCAGGUUUACAUAUCACAUCCCAAGGAUGUUAAAUUUUCAGAGGACAGUUCCCAUCAAUCACAAUAACCUCAGACAGCUUUUGUUUGAGGAACCUCAGACGCAAACCUUGUAGGGGAUUUAAUGUCACAGUGCUGGCUGUGGUCAUAGGCAUCCUGUUCUGCUGAUUGUAGAGGGUCUUAAAAGACUUCACGUUUGGGCUACUUGUAUAGAAUUGCCUCCUCAGUAUGGGAAAAAAAAGCUGAAGUAUACCAAGCUUCAUGCAGUCUCAAACAUAUUAAACACAUGUAACAAAGAGUUUUCUGCCUGUAGCCAGCAGAGCAGGUGGUCUCAUUUUAAUACACAGUAAAGCUGUAUGGGAACAGAACUCCUCGUGUUUCAUUUUUCUAGUUCUGGUUAUCAAGAUAAGCAGCAUGAGAGACAACUAUUUUUUUUUAAUUAAGUUUCCUGUUUUGCUAUGGGAUUACUCAUUUCCUCAUUUCAAAUUGUAUUUCUCAAAUUGUACCAAUGUUUAAUUCUUCCUGGCAAGUUAUUAGCUGAAAUCGUGUCUUUCACUAAACCAAGAUUUUAGACAUCUACAGCUGAAUAAUGGGAUUGUAGAAUUAGUUGAAAUAUGAAUAUAAAUAUGGAAAAUUUAGUUGAGGUUAACAUACUGUUAUACGUGUAGCAUGUCAAGCUAACCCCUGGCUUAGCAGACACUAAUUACACUGAUGUGAGAAGUCCAGGAUCUGGAAACAGCUCAGGCAAAUGGGGACUGCUUUAAGACUUACUGUAUCAGUUUCCUGUUAAAUAUUUCAUCCUCAAAUAAAGGGUAAAGAAUUUCCACAAGUACAGGAGCAGUCCUACUCCUCGCUUCCAAAUAAGCUUUUUCAUCCUAAAAGGGCUUGACAACUACCAGCCACAGGACUCCUGGUUCUGACGGCGUUGAUCCCAUGCUUCUGUAGAGAGAACAAGUUCUCAGCUGUCUUCUGGGAGGAACAAAGAUUCAGCAUCUUUUAAGAACACGCAAAAUCCUUGACAUCUCACUUUCUGGGCUUUUGGAGACCGGUAGCAUGUAUCCCUUCGCUGAGCUCAGCACCCCUCCGGAAGCACUGGUGUUGAUCUCUUGACUGCAAUCUUCCAACCCAAUACCACAUCAUUUGCAAGUAUGUCUACAAACACUGAACUUACAAGUGUUAAAUAUUGUAAAUCACAAGUAUAAGGCAAAAUAUUUUGCAUGUAUUUACUGACUGGCUUUCAUUGUGUUAUUUUUAGUGUGCUAUGUUUUUCCUUCUAGAGGGAUAUAUGCCAUUGCUAGAAAACAACCCUUUACAGAGUUUACAGAGCAUUUCACUGCAGACACUAUGGGUUCUAGUACAUGGAGGACUUGCUGAUAAGACUGCAAAACUGCAUUUGGCUGUUCACAGGCUGUGGACUUAAAAUAAUAGUGUGCUGGAGAAAGAAAGUUGUGUUAUUUCAUUCAUUAAUAAUAUAUUUUUUUUUUUUCAUUUGGAGUCUUAUUGAGUCUAGUGAACUUUAUUGCAUGGACAAGUGCAUUCACUGUGUCCUAGCUCUAGAACAGGUGAUGCCACAUAUUCUAACACGCCUAUGAAAAACAGAAUUCAAGUCUGCCCCCUUGGCUUAUUGAGUUUGGUGGACUGAGAAGAUAACUUGGCCUACAGUGUGUACCCAGCUGGCCAAAAUUACUUGCUCCUUGAGAGUGGAAUCAUUUCAGAUAACUGAAUUUUUACUCCUGUAUUAUAAAUGCACAUUACAUUACAGUAGAACUUUCCAUAGCAGAUUGUCACUUGUAUUACACUAUAUUUAGUAAAAAAUGUAGAAACAGAAACUUAAAUGUACUGUAUAUUUUUCCUUCUAAAAGCUAUACUAGAUACCAAAGCAUUUUUUACUGUCCCCUGAAUAAGGGAAAUUACAAACACAGAUUGUUUGGUGCAUAAUCAGUAUGGCUAUCAGAUACACAACUACCAGUUUAAACAAUGUCUGAAAUUAAUAUUUUGCAAGCACUCGGGAAGCUUCAGAAUGUGAAAUAAAGUUAGAUGUUAUAAUAUUGAGCCCAUAUUUUUCCUUGAAGAUAAAUGUGUUGACUUGCAUAAAAGAUCCUUUAAAGGGAAGUGUAUCAUCUGUAAUUACGCAAGGCAAUACAGUUGGAAGUGAGAACGAAGAUCUAGUCCUUCCUCUGCUUCUGUGGGGAUACACCCCAAAGCUGAAGAUGUUACAUGAAAUCAGCGUCAGAAUUUGCCCCGUGAGGACACCUUCCAAGGAUUAAAAGUGAGAAUGUCUCUCACAAAUAACACAUUGGACAGGAUCAACACUCAAACUGAACUGCGAGAUUCAGGAAUCAUUGGGUGUUUGAUAUGCAAAUGAUUAUAUUAGCUCAUUGUAAUAUUUUCUAGCCUUUUAUUUGAAUUUUAAAAACUGGGGAGAAGAGCUGAAUUUAAAAAAUGCAUUACUACAGAUUUCAAGAUUUCAAAGCAUUCACAAGCAAUGAAUUAAGCUUCACAAUAAUUUUGCAUGUAAUAUGUUUUCACAAUGAGAGGCAGUGAUUAAAAGGGUGCUCUCACAAUCACACAGGGAAUGACAGGCAGUGGUUUGAUCAGCCUCCAGAUAUCCUGACACCUUGUCCCAAAGUGAGCAGAGCUACUACUGCUCUUCAUGAAGAGAAACACUAUUAGAUUAUUGUCUAUGUGCACAAAAACAAUUGCUCCAGUUCUGGUUUCAUAUAAAAGUAAAAACUAAACUAGGCAGCAUUCUGUCUGAGAAUAGUAAUGUUCCAGCGUAUUUACAAAAGUAGCUUGUGCUAUAUUCCUUGACCUUUCCCUACUGAUCGCCUCUUCAGACAGCUACUGAUCAUCAUACAGUAACACACUGAACACGCUGUAUCUCUGCCAAAUCAAAUUUUUAAAGUUCACUUGCAAUUUACCAUGAAGUUUUUGAGUCAUCUCAAUAUCCAUUCUUAAGAAUAAACUGAAAACUACAUUUACUGGAAAUAUCCUCUCAGAGAUGAAAUGACACAUGCCAGAACCCUGACCUAUAGGCACGUGACAAAAUUAGGUGAUGUCUAUGAUGCAGUACAGCUAAAAAAAAAAAAAAAAGAAAGAAAACACUAAUUGGAAAUUUACUUCUGCCAAGUCCAAAGCAGAUUAAGAGAAAGCAUCACUGACAUAGCUUCACAAAGCAGGGCACAGAAUUAUAGAAAUAAGCCUUACAAAGUGUUUUAAAACCUAUGGGUUCAUUUGGGUCUCUUAAGGAAAGUGAGUUCUCAAAGUAGUCGAGUGUUUGGAGUUUAUGCAUUACUUUGUGCAUAAUUAUGUAUUUACCUUUUUAGAUGAUGAAAAGCAUGACAAGGCCCAAAUAUCUUUUUCAGUGGAAUAUUAAUAGUGACUAUAACUGACUAAAUGAUUUUCAUCCAGUUGGGUUAGAGAAUUUUGAGAAAAAUGCUGCAGCAAUCACCAGGUGAGCUACUGCUGCCAGCAGCUCAUUUUGAAGCACACAGGGCAACAACAAGAAUUUUACAGCUUGACUUUCUCCCUCACACUGUAACAGAACUGUAACCAGUGACUCCAAUGAGGAUCUCUGGCCUUGCUGUCCCUAGGUUGGGGCUGUGCAUUGUUCUGUGCUUUUGCCCUGAAACAGAAGUCUGGCUUGCAUGUCUCAUUUUGUCUUUAACCUUUAUGGAAGCUUUUGGCUCCUAUCAAAUUUCUGACGACGUUACUGCACGAGAGUGGCAGUGUCAGAGGGGCAUAGAAUGGAUCACAGAGCUAUGUCAGUAGACAUGCUUCCUGUCUGCUUUUCCAGUGACAUUCUGCAUCAGAGACAUAUUUCAUCUAUUUAGCAGCAGAAUCAAGUGAUUGUGUGCUGAGGGCUGUGAAAUAGCAGUUGCACUAUUUUAGAGCAAGGAGUUCUUUUAAACAAGAGUAGCUUAAUUAUGAAAGGGAUUACACAGAGUGAUGGGACUGAGAUAGCAGGAAAUUGGAUUUGCUGAUUUAGGACAUAACUGCUUGAUGUACUCAUGAGAAGGGACAGCGUAGAAAGGCACUUGAAUGCAAAAUUAUUCAUAUCUAAUUCAGGGUGGGGCCACAUACAUAUCAAUCAGCUUUAUUUUAUGGCAGUACAUUGAUGACUAUACAGGAAAGGUGAUGCCACUCUCUUGUUCCAGCUUGACAAUGGUACAAAUUACAGCUAGCAGUAAUUUUCAUUUCUUUGGACGUGUAUGGAGAAGUUCACAAUGGUUAGUUGUGCACUGAAACAGGAUGAAUCUUCAGCCUCUAUACUGACUAGUCUCGGGCUUGUGUUGAAGCACACUGGAGAGGCAAAGAGGAGACCCUUGCUCUAGUCCUGUGCUGUAUAUCCUAGUGAUCUUUUAAUGUUCUUUUUGUAGAAGGCAAGAAUUCCCUCUAAACGUUUUAUAGAGGGACUGCAGAUUUUUUCCUUAUUUAGUCCUUCUCUAUUUAGUUCCAUAGUAAGUAGCAUCUCUUUCUUUCUGUGGAUAAACAUGUUGAUAAAAAUACACAGAUCUUCACUUUGUCCCAUUCUUUUGUUGUUCUGCCAAGUAACAGAGCAGAUGACUUUGUUAUCCAGAGAAUCACUUUGAGGAAUUGAUUGGGUUGCGUGUGAUAAGCUUUCCAGCACAAGUUUGCCAGCAUCAAAGCACAUUUUUUUUUUUCCUGUAAUGUCUUGGGCAGAUGUCAUGGAAAGAUACAGACACCUUUUUGUCAGUACUAAGUGAUAGAUGUCACUUAGUAAACUUUGAGUUGCCCUACAAAAUACUUAUAACUCUAUAAUGCACAAAUUCAUAAUGCAGAUAUUUUUGAACAUUUUGGGUAACAUGAAACUGACUACUGUAAAAAUGCCUGUAUGCUCAAAAAACAUAUUUUUGGGUGCUUGUAUAUACAGUAAAUAAAAUCUUUCAAAGUGUCUAAAUGCUUCUAGAUAUUGAAUGUCUUCUGAAAAGGAAAUGGAACAAUAAAUAUGUUCCUACAUGAUUCAAUCAUGUUUGAAUUGUACUUGAACCUGCUUUAGGCUACAGGUAUCCCUAGGGAAACCAAAAAUAUUGAGGAGAGAAACAGGGACUAAGAAAGCUCAGUGUACAUUAAGAUAGGCUUCAACUAAACCAAAUAAGUUCAAGAAUGGCAGAUCUACCAGGACUUUGCAAAGUAAGUGAAGUCUGACUGUGUUUAAUGUCCUGAUAGUGUUCCUGAAAGAUGCCUGAAAGGGUUUCUCCUGAUUUGGUCACCUCUAAUUCAUAACAAGGCACAUGCAUCUGCAUGCCUUCUCACAGAAAUUUCAUGAGCACCGAAGGAUAAAUAUCAUCACAGACAUUUAAAUGCAUUUACAAGUAGUGUAUAAAUAGGUGUUCCUGCUUCUUUCAAGGUACCUGCAAGACACUGAAUUGUUAGGUGACUUAAGAGCUACUUUCAAUGUUGGGUAUUACAAAGAUUUAAAAACAGACCAAGAAUGUUUCAGACAAUCUUGUUGAGCUUGACAUUGAACUCAAAAUCUGAGUCAUUAGUGAUCAAAAACUUUGAACGCUAACUGUUCAUUUAUCUGUACAACAGAUCGGAGAAUAAAACAAAGGUGAGAAAUAUAUCGUAUUGCAUAAUGCUAUCUUUUAGGGGUAGAUUUGCAACUGGGGUGUGCUAGACACACAACUAAGUGCCUUGCUACACAAGCCCAAUGCAGCAAAACAGAUUGUUCUCACUUAACUUAUAAACCCCUACAUGAUUUAACUGACCACUGGUGAUUCAAUAUAUACUGUUGUAUUAUUGACUGCAGUGUGAUUACUCAUAUAUUUAAUAACUCUGCUGAAUCAGAAUAUAAUUCCAUAAGCUACAUCAUUCUAGUGCCUAAUUUAAGAUCAUAAUUUGUAUCAGCCAAGAGAUUUCUGUUUGUUGAAAGUUUCUUCUCUGUGAAAACAGACAACUACUCUGCUAAUCUCACCUGCCCAGUCACUCUUGGAGAACAUCAAAUUUUCUGUGAGGACACAAGGGUGAUCCUUACGUCCUUAUGCAGAAACACAAGGGGCUGACAACAGAGGGCAUGGUGAUUCAGUGCUUGGCCAUUCUUUUCUAUUAUUUGAAGUGAGAGCAGGAUUAAGAACUCCUGAAUCAUAGCUUUGUUAGAGUCUCAGCACUUCUGUUGUUCAACAGAGGUGUUUUUUGCAGAAUAUCACAUCAUCUCAUCUCUAUGGAUGACAUGCCUAUGAAAUAGGGAGAUAGCAAGAAAGACUAAAGAGUUUUUCCAGAGUCUCAUGCUGCUAAAGAUCACUUCUGGGCACCAUUUGGAAGAUGUUUUAGGGAUGGGUAUGAUAAGAAAGCUGAACAGAGACAGUUCUAGCACCAGAUAGCCAGUCUCCCCUCUGGCUCUUGAGGUCAACAUUGCAGUAAUCCCGUUUAUAAUGAACAUUGUCUGAAGACAAACUGUCCCCAGAAGGACAAUCUCUUACGGACUUUUUAUAAAAAGACUUUCUCUAAUCUCCACUGCCCCUAGACAGCAUGAGGAAUUGACAAAAUGCAUUAUAUUCUGAUAGAUCCUGAGAGAUCUUGCUUGGGGUUCAGUUUCAUCUGGAGCUGUCUGGAAGACAAGGCAGAUAAGUGUCUGAAACUGUUUUAGAGACUCCUGCUUAUGGCUCAUUUUCAGAUUCUUAAAUUUGUACAUGAUAUGCAUUGCUGACCUUGUUACCUUUUCAUUAUCAGGACGCUUUCAUUUAAAUAUCUUUUACUGCAUGCACAAACUCUGUAAGCAGAAUUGUACGCAACCUUAUGAGUACACAUAUAUAUUUACUGGGCAGUGUACACAGUAGGUAGCGAGGACUAAAUUAUUACUACACUGAACAGUAAUAAACGCUUUACCUCCAAAGCUGACAAUCACUAAGUUUUUUCCUAGUCAGACAGUUGUCAAUCAAGUUGGGAGAUGCAGCCUUUGCUUUGCUCAAACACAGAUACCUGGACAACAAGUUGGUCUGAGGAUGAGCUUUCUUAACUGUAAAAUUCCGGGUGGAGCAUUGUGCAUAGGGGAAUGGAGGCCAAGAUGAGGCUAUGGAUUCAGCUUCAGUUUAUGCUGCCCACUCUCUCAAAAAGCAUAGCUAUGCUAUUCAAAAUAUUUGUUCCAAGAUAUGAGAGAAAGCUAAACCUCUAGUUACACGCUGGAAGAAUGCUAUAUAGUUAUUUUUACUGUGCAGCUAUUGAUGUAGCUGCAAGAUCAGUGCAUAGCCAUCAGAGGCAAGAUUCACAUCUAGAUCAAUAAUUUAUAAAUUCAUGCUUUGGUACAAUCUGUUUAGCAAAUUUCAAGAUGCUAGGGUUCAUUGCUUAGGUUCAAUAGUUAGCAUAAUUUUAAUAUUCAAUAGAAAUGAAAAUACUACAUUAGUUGUUGUAGCACCAGUGCUGAAUGUUCCACUUGUUUCUGCAGAAGACACUUUCAUUUAUCUAUCAAAUAAAAAACUCCAAACAAAUUGCAGAAUAUAAUUAUACACAUACAUGAUGAUAGCACAAAUGAUAACUAGCAAAGGUGUUGCUGUACCUAUUAAUCUCUUUUAUCUUUAUGACAAUCUUUGCCUCCCAAAAUCCCUUAGAAUCCUAAUAGUAUUAAAUCUAUUUAUGUGUAUCAAAUAAAGUGGAAGAUAUUGACUGCAGGACUACAUUCACUGGAACAUUCUUAACACUUUAUGUAGGACAGAAAGAAUAAUGAGACAUUGACGUAUUGGUGAAGAAGCCAAUUAAACAAAAUGUAGGAGUUCAUUAUUUGUUCUGAUGACCCAUGGAGUUGAACUAAAUGAUAAACUAGGUUGGAACUGUAUCUCUGCUGUCCAUGAACACUACAAAUGUUCUUCCAGAACUAUGGAAGAACUAAUACAAAAAACAGUGAAGUAUAAAUUAUAUAAUUUAUUAUGGAUGGUAAACGAACAGGUUGAUACUUUCUUUUAUAUGGCUUCUCCAUGGAAACUAGAUGUGAAUAUAGAUUUUUCAGAGCCAUAAUAGCAUACAUUAGGCUUAGAGCAGUGCUAAGAGACAGCACAUUACACUAUGCCCUUCAUACACAUGGACAGUUUUAGAAAAACUCUCUCAGCUCUUUUUCCAUGAAGACAAUAGCAGUAAUUGCUUGAGACUGAAGCAUUUUUAGCUUGUUUCUGCUAUAGCUUUUAGAUGGUUGCUUUUUUCAGCUUAGUAAAUAAAGAACUUGUGAUGAUUAGGUCAGUUCAAGGGAUAAAGUUAUCCUGGCAUAAUUAGCAUCUUAAGAUGUGCCUUCCAGCCUGACUGACGUGGGUUUUUCUAUACCCUGAGAUGAUAUGUCUGCUUUCACAAGCUUCCAGACAGUGCAAUCGUAGCAAUGUUCACUGGGAAACACAAAAAGAAUGUGGCCACGUGCACAGUCUAGAACCAGGAUAUUGUACUAUACAAAGGGAAAAGGAUCCAUGAAAAUUAGAGAAGCACAGAUGUUAUUGUAUAUACCACAUGAAAGUUUCCAAUCAUACUGUUACAAAUGUACCAAUGGACUAAAUUCUCUAGUACUUUGGGGGGGAAGCGUAUUGGAAUUAGUAUGGGAAGUAGAUAGGAAGGCAAAUGGAGUUCUAACAGCUUGGCUGCAUCUGGAGAUGUGCUCCUAGCCAUUAGUGUUGUUACUUCCUUGGAUUGCCUGAGGUCCUAAUGAAUUUUCAGCCAAACUCCAGGAAGUGCGUGUCAACAUUGAAUUACAGUAAGAUGACAUACUCAAGCAUGUUUGCUAUCAGUCCUUCCUUCUAACUUUUGAGCUCCACUGCCUCAGUAUUGUAUUGGUUUUAAUUUUAGCAGGUAAUCUGAAGAGAUUCUGGAGGUUAUUUCCAUUUUUGCAUUCCUUUUGUACAGGUAGAGGCAAAGGGACUUCCAGAAGAUAUGAUAUAGUAUAAGUGACAGCCCUGAAAGCAUGGGGAAAAUGUAAAGAGGCAGCUUUGAAAAAUUGUUCUUAAUAUCUGUUUAGAUGAUUAGAUAUUAGCUUAGAGAAACUUAUGUAUGUCAGAAUAUCAUAAAAAAAUAAAGUGGCUUUUCAAAGUAGCUUUAAAAGAAAUCUGGUUUUGUAUCAACAAGUCGAUUUCUGUAGAAAACCUCAAAACUCUGUGAAGUAAAGAAUCAGCUGAAAAUCAGUGGAAAGCUGAGUCUGAAGGCUGUGGCAUCUUGAAGACACACAUUCUUGACAUAUACAGAAGUUCUUUUAUAUUUACAGAGAAAAGGAAUGGGCUGGGUCAGCUGCAGGAGGAGGAACAUAUUUUUGGUGAUGAAAGUAUCAUCUGAUCCUUGACUGAAGGUUGAAGAUCAUAAUAGUACUGGUAGGAAUAGGACAUACUUCAGAUAGCUUGUUAAAAACAAAGAAUACCCAACAUGACCAAACCAGAAACUGUUCUGCCCCUUGACAAGCUCUGUAUUGUCAUAUGAUUUUCUGGGUUUUAAAGUGAAUGAAAUCAUUUAAACAAUUUAGGUGAAGCAUUACAAGGAGAUUGCUUUGAAAGAUAACCAGGCAUAUUAAAGCUUCUGUUAAAGCAUGCGUAGUCACAGAUCUUCCUUAGGAAUAAGUGCAGAAUACAUGUGUCUGAUAUUGAGAGGCGGAUGACAAAAACAUCAUAUCCAUGCUAAAGAGUGAGUAGGAAUUUGGACUGACGUUUCUAGGACAGCUGCAUACCAGGAACCAGAUGGACAGGAAGCAGUAGUUCUAGCACAUACCACAGAGCAUAAACACCUGGAGAAUAAAAUAUCUAUCCCAAACUGCUUCGGAGUCUUUGAAGGAAGCUGAGAUUGCACUCUGAGGUGAGGGAGCAGAUGGUAUGCAGACACAGAACUAACCUACUAACAAUAAGAGUUUUCCUAGGCCUCAUGAUAGACAAGGGAAAAACACACUUUGGAGUGCCACUGGAGUCAGUGGCAAUCCUGCAUGCAUUUGCUCAUCAUGAUAUCCACUGCGAAGUUUUGAUUAUGCAUGUCUGUGUUAACAUGUCAGGACACACUAAUACAAGAGGUGGAAGACUGGCUGGGAGUCAUGGGCAUAAUACAAAUGUUUUGGUGAUUUUGAAAACUGAUUUUGACAAUUGUUAACCCACACAGAGUCACACAGCAAAGGCACCUGAAACAGGAGGGACUUGUACGUACAAAUGUUGUACAAGUGGGCAUAUUUGUUAGUAUAAUUUACUUCUUGUAGGAGUUUACUCCCUUUAAUGACCCUGCUCCAAGUAUACACAUUUCUGACCUGAGAACAAGGCUCAAGACAGGUGGGAGCGGCAAUGAGGACUCCCCAUGUGAACCUCUCACGGUCUGGCAACUGAAGAGAGAAGCACACUUCUUCUGAAUGUAUCUGUUGUAGGAAGCAAGUCAAGAGUUAUUAAGUGCAAAAUAUUUGUCUGUGUUUUAUUCACAUUUCUGAGUCUGCAAAACUGACUCUGGCUAAAGGUAUGA